UAGACAGAAGGAAACAGAGCCAGGGAAGCUGAGUGUGAGGUAAAGGGAGUGGAGGGGCAGAGGAAAGGGCAGAGGCAGAGGCCAGAAGAGGCAAGGUCCAGCAGAGAAGAAGUACUAAAAUCCAAGGACAAGUACAAAAAAGGAGAGUCAGAUAACCAGAUGGGCUGCAGGGCUCCCCAGUGGGUAGCUGGACCCACCAAAGAUCUUCCUUCUGACUUCCAGGUGUUGUCCACACCAUCCUUGCUAGCAGGCCCUGAUGCUGCCCUAGGUCGAGCCAGGAGGCUCACACCCAGGGACCUGCCCCGCAGGGCCAUGGGGCCCAGGAGCCACUGCCUUGGCCUCUCCAGACUGGGCCUUCUGUUCCUGUUCCUGCUCCCACUCCUUCCAGGUGACAGCCCCAGGCUUGUGGAGGUGCAGGGUGUGAGCAGAGGCUCCUGCACUAGAGUAAACCUUCUUGCUUGUCCCCCAGGAUGCUUGGGAGCUGAGGGCAGGCUGGCUCACAAGCUGUUCCGUGACCUUUUUGCCAACUAUACAAGUGCCCUGAGACCUGUGGCGGAUACAGACCAGACUCUGAACGUGACCCUGGAGGUGACAUUGUCCCAGAUCAUUGACAUGGAUGAGCGCAACCAGGUGCUGACCCUAUACCUGUGGAUCCGACAGGAGUGGACAGAUGCCUACUUACGAUGGGACCCCGAUGACUAUGGUGGCCUGGAUGCCAUCCGCAUCCCCAGCAGUCUAGUGUGGCGGCCAGACAUCGUACUCUAUAACAAGGCAGACGCGCAGCCUCCAGCCUCCGCCAGCACCAACGUGGUUCUGCGGCACGACGGCGCCGUGCGCUGGGACGCGCCGGCCAUCACGCGCAGCUCGUGCCGCGUGGACGUGUCUGCCUUCCCGUUCGACGCGCAGCGCUGCGGCCUGACCUUCGGCUCCUGGACGCACGGCGGGCACCAGCUGGACGUGCGGGCGCGCGGCGGCGGCGCCAGCCUGGCCGACUUCGUGGAGAACGUGGAGUGGCGCGUGCUGGGCAUGCCGGCGCGGCGGCGCGUGCUCACCUACGGCUGCUGCUCGGAGCCCUACCCCGACGUGACCUUCACGCUGCUGCUGCGCCGCCGCGCCGCCGCCUACGUGUGCAACCUGCUGCUGCCCUGCGUGCUCAUCUCGCUGCUCGCGCCGCUCGCCUUCCACCUGCCCGCGGACUCGGGCGAGAAGGUGUCGCUGGGCGUCACGGUGCUGCUGGCGCUCACGGUCUUCCAGCUGAUCCUGGCCGAGAGCAUGCCGCCGGCCGAGAGCGUGCCGCUCAUCGGGAAGUACUACAUGGCCACCAUGACCAUGAUCACCUUCUCCACAGCGCUCACUAUCCUUAUCAUGAACUUGCAUUACUGUGGUCCUAGUGCCCGUCCAGUGCCGGCCUGGGCUCGGGCUUUCCUACUGGGAUACCUGGCACGGGGCCUGUGCGUGCGAGAACGAGGGGAGCCCUGUGGGAAGUCUAGACGGCACGAGUCACCCCCCAGUCCCCAGCCUCCUGAGGGAGGGGCUGGCCCCCCAGCAGGCCCUUGCCAUGAGCCCCGGUGUCUGUGCCAUCAGGAAGAGCUGCUGCACCAUGUAGCCACCAUUGCUAACACCUUCCGCAGCCACCGGGCUGCCCAGCACCGCCACGAGGACUGGAAACGCCUGGCCCGUGUGAUGGAUCGCUUCUUCCUGGGCAUCUUCUUCUCCAUGGCCCUGGUCAUGAGCCUCCUGGUGCUCGUGCAGGCGCUGUGAAUCGGGGUCUGCUGCAGCCACAGCAAUGCGACAGGGAUGGGAAGACUAGGUGGUUGCUGGCCCUCAGAUAGGCCACCCAGUCUCUCCCCACUGCACCUUAGCAGU